UGAAUGAGUAAAAGACGGCGAAGGUUUGGCGUAAUACAACACGUGACCAGCGGGUGUGGUUACGUGAACCUGUAGGAGGCGCUCUGACGCUCUUCUUCAUUCGGCGGUAAAACCACUGAAGAAAGGACGAAUCCUCUGUGAUCCUGAGGCUGAGAUGUUGAGCAUGAAAGCGCAGAUGGAUGUGAUCUGCUGUAAAUCAGUAGGAACUGAUCUGUCCAUGCUGGAUAUUGAGGAUUUCAUCAGUGAAAUCUGUCAGCUGAAGAAAGAGGUGGCGUCACUGGAGGCAAAGCUGAGAGAAAGAGGAGACAAACCCAACAGAGAGGAUCUGGAGAAGGUUUCAGUGUGUGUGACUGACGGGACAGAAGCUCAGGAUUCAGUCUGGAGAUCCAGAGACACACAGGACUCAGAGCUCAGCCUCACUUUACUGUGUUAUACUGACGCUCAGGAUCAUGGAUCCGCUGAUCAAACCUCUGACUGUAACGCUGGAGAACAGCAGAUGCUGCAGACGCCGCUGAAGAUGUGCUCCGUGAAACCGGUGGACUGCAGGAACCUUAUAAAAACCACAGCAGAGGAACAACAACAGAGCCAAGAGGAGGAGGAGGAGGAUGGGAUUGAUGAUUAUAAUGAGGAAGAGGAUGAUGACGGGAAUGAUGAGGAUGAUGGUAAUGUUGAGGAUAAUGAUGGGAACGUGUAUGGGAAUGAUGAUGAUGAUGAGGACUUCAUUCCUUCAGAUGAGAAUGGCAGUUCAGCUUCUUAUGAAGAAACAACCUCAACAUCAAAAGAUCAGCUGAAGGUCAAGAGUUUUUCCUGCUCCACCUGUGGGAAAACAUUGAGUUCACAGGGUUAUUUAGCGAGACAUGAGAGAACACACACAGAACAGAAAGAUUUCAACUGCAAGAUGUGCGACAUCAGCUUUCCUACCUUAGAAGAGAGGAGACGUCAUAGAAAAGAGCACAGAGCGAAGAAGGAUUUUCACUGUGAACAGUGCGGGAAGGAUUUCUUCACCACUCUUUAUACUAUGAGAGUUCACAUGAAGUCACACACUGGCGAAAAGCCUUUCCACUGCAGCGGAUGUGACAAGCAUUUCAGCACUAAAGGGAGUCUUGAUUCUCAUAUGAGAACCCACACGGGUGAAAAGCCGUACAAGUGCCCUCACUGCGAGAAGAGCUUCAGCCACAAACCCUCUCUGAAUGCCCAUGUGCGUGUUCACACCGGAGAGAGGCCGUAUCAAUGCAGCGAAUGUGGGAAAACCUUUAAGGACUCAAGUUCUCUAAGGGCACACCAAAUAAUACACUCUGAGGAGAAACCAUAUCAGUGUUCAUACUGUGAUAAACGAUUCCGUCACAAAUCUUAUUUGAUUCGUCAUGAGAGGAUUCACACUGGAGAGAAACCGUACCUGUGCUCCUACUGCGGGAAGAGCUUUGCUAAUCAGGGUCAAUACGGGGUCCAUCUGAGAGUUCACACUGGAGAAAGACCGUAUCACUGCAGCGUUUGUGGGAAGAGUUUCAAGCAAAACAUUAAAUUAGCCAUGCACAAGAGGAUUCAUACAGGAGAAAGACCGUAUAAGUGUUCUCUGUGUGACAAGACUUUCGCUCAGGCAUCCGCCCUGAAGACUCAUGAGCGAGUUCAUACAGGAGAGAAACCUUACCGCUGCUCCAUCUGCGGUGAGAGAUUCACUUAUUUAGGUAGUUUUCAGACCCACCAGAAGAAACACGCUAAAGAACAAACUGCUCCAGAAUCAUCAUCAGUGACCUUUCAUCAGUAAAAAAAAAAACUCGCCACAGCUUCUUUUAGCAGUAAUACUAACUGUAAAAUAUGGCAGCACCACAUCAGGAGAAGAAACUAACUUCUCCUCACUCGCAUUAAAGUUUUAAUUCACCCAAAAAUGUAAAUUCUGUCAUUAAUUACUCACCCUCAUGUCAGUCCACACCCGUAAGACCUUCGUUCAUCUUCAAAACACAUGUUGAGGUAUUUUUGAUGAAAUCCGAGAGGUAUACGACUCGUCCACAGACAGCAAUAUAAUCAACACUUUCAAGGUCCACAAAGGUACAAAAGACGUCGUUAAAACAGUCUCGUGACUGCAGUGGUUCAACCUUAAUGUUAUGAAGAAACGAGAGCAAAACAAAAAUAAAGACUUUAUUCAACAAUCUCUUCUCUUCUGCAUAGAUGCAAACUCCUCACCUUACGGUGAGAACUCACAUUUUGAGAUCAAAAUAGAUAUACAGGUGCAUCUCAAUAAAUUAGAAUGUCAUGGAAAAGUUAAUUUAUUUCAGUAAUUCAACUCAAAUUGUGGAACUUGUGUAUUACAUAAAUUCAAUGCACACAGACUGAAAUACUUUU